UAAAAUGUUUACACAAUUCUCAGGAUAUUACAUCCGAAUUUUUAAGAGAAAUUGAAUUACAUAUUAUGAUUAAUUCAGAUUGUGUAACUAAAUGUUUUGGUAUUACUAGAGAUCCAGAAUCUAAUAAUUUCAUGAUGGUAAUGGAAUAUGCAAAAGAUGGUAGUUUAAGACAAUAUUUAAAUAAUAGAUUUAAUUCAAUAAAAUGGGAUGAUAAGUUGGAUAUUUUACAAAGGAUUGCAUAUGGCCUCAAUUCUAUUCAUGAAAAAGGAUUAAUUCAUCAUGAUUUUCAUUGUGGUAGUAUGUUAAAACGUGGUAGUGAAACUAUUAUUACUGGUUUAGAAUUAUGCCAACCAGCAAAUGUAAAAUCUUCUCAAAAUAACGAAUAUGAAAAAAAAGUAUAUGGAGUAUUACCUUAUGUAGCACCUGAGGUUUUAAGAGGAGGAGAAUAUACUCAAGCAAGUGAUAUUUAUGCAUUUGGAAUUAUUGCAUAUGAAGUAUGUACAGGGCUUCCUCCUUAUCAUGAUAUUGCUCAUGAUAAAAUCUUAGCUAUUAGCAUUUGUCAAGGGCAUAGGCCAAAAUCCAAUUAUAAAAUUCCUCAACUAAUUUCAGACAUAAUUAAACAAUGUUGGGAUGCUGAUCCUUUAAAACGACCUAAAGCAAAUGAAUUAAAGAGUUUAUUAUAUAAUUUAUGGAUUUCAAGUUGUAAUUGGAGUGAUGAUGAAUUAAAUAAGCAAAUUGAAGAAGCAGAUAAGAUUAAUGAAAAGUUAACUUCUACUUCAUUAUCAUAUAAUGGUACUUCUCUCUCAUAUACUAUAAAUUCUCAAGCAGUUUACUCAAGUAGGCUUUUAAACUUUAAAAAUCUACCAGAACCAAAAAAUGCUAUUGAUAAUAAUAAAGAUGAUGAUAAUUCAUUUGAAGAAUAUCAGAAGUAAUAGAUUUUACCAAACUCAACCUAGAUGAAAACAACUAAAGAAAAAAGAAAAGGAAGAAAAUUUACCAAUAUUCAGAAUAU